UGCAUGUCGUCGCGGAAAUAGAAACUAAACAGGGCAAAACAAAAUGGGAGCAUCGUUGGAUACUCCAGCGAGGUGCCCUCUCUGCAACGAGCUGACUCGGGACCCGGUUACUCUGAAGUGUAACCACAGUUUCUGCCAGCGAUGCAUUGGAGACUUGUGGAGCAUUAACCCGAACGGGCCGUACCAUUGUCCGGAGUGGAGGUGUAAAACCGAGUACCAGACUUUGCCGUUUCAUAGCAGUUUGAUACGGUCACCAACUCCCCGAGGACAAGCACAGCCUCGCAGCACUGCAGGUUCAUCCACCAGUAACAAUGAAGAAAGUACAUCUGACUCGAGUUUAAGGAGGCCAUCGCUCACCAGCCGACUCCUCGGAAAGAGGAAGGCCAGCACACCUGUACCUGAACAGCCUGAAGCAAAGAGAACAACUGUCGAGAGCCCCCGUGCAUGGCCCAGUGACACAGAGAUUCCCACCACUUCCUUGUCAAAUAACACUGGGAAGUCAACUGCCGUGGAAACAUCUAAGAAAGUAGUAGAACCAGAAUCUUCCCAAUCUAAAGAGGGUGAUGGCUCAACCUCCGAGGAGAACUCUGACAGCAAUGGAGCAUCUGCAAGCGGUGGGCCACAAGCCAUCUCAGUCCAGCAUAAAUCAGAAAAGGCCAUCAUACUGGAUGACUCUGACAAUGAAGUCGACAUAUGUGAUGCACCUCCUCCUGCAACCCCCAAGAAAGACCCGCAAGUAACUGGGGUAUGUGUGACACCAAAGAAGCCUUUGUCAACUCCCACCUCUCACAGUUUUCCUGCACCCUCAACUCCUGGAAAAGAUAAGCCUCCUGUGCACCAUGCUGGCAAGUCAUCUCCGAUUCCAAGCAAAAUUAAUUUACCUGCUUCAGGAUCCUCAAGUCAUGUUGGCAUCUUCUCCAGGGCAGAAAACAAAAGCGCCAGCCCUGUGCCCUGUCAUUAUUGUCCUAAAACUCGGUGUCAGUCUGCAGUGAAGACUUGUCUGGUGUGCGGGGCCUCCAUGUGUUCAGAGCACCUGCGGCCCCACCUGGACACCCCAGUUUUCCAAAAUCACACCCUGGUUUCUCCAGUGGAAGACAUUUCCCUCUGGAGGUGUCAGGAUCACCACGAGAUAAACCGUAUCUACUGUCGGCAGUGUGCAGUGUGUGUGUGCACUGUGUGUACCGUCAUAGGUUCCCAUCGUGACCACGAAUGCGUCAGCAUCAGGGAGGCAGAGAGAGAGCUCAGGGGAAACCUGAAAGAAGAGAUCAAACAACUGCAAGAGGCUGAGCAGCAAGUGAAGGACCGAGUGACUGAGCUCGCUCAGAAGAAAGAGACUUUCAAAGAGGUUUUGAGUGAAGCACAAGCAGGAGUGAAGCAGCAGUACAGUACCAUCAAAGAGGCCUUGGAGCAGGAGGAGCAACUGGCUCUUCAGUGUGUGAAGAAGGAAGAGAACAGAGUUUUGGGGGGACUAGAGGAGAAACUCUGCCACCUCCAUAGCUCCCUUCAAUCCAUCCAACAAGGCCUUCACAUGCUGGAGAAUCUGGCUGACACCAGAGGCGACAACUCUUUUAAGGACCAGGCCUUCAUCAUGGAAUACAGCAAGAUUGCCCAGCUGAGUGGUGAGAUGGGGAGCUAUGUGGAGCAGUUUGAGGCCACGGAGGAAGUGAAUCGUCCCCGGCUGAGGUGUCUGCAGCAGUGGACAGAGAAGCGACUGGACACAGUUGUCAUCAAUACACAAAGCAAAGAUAGAGAUCUUAACAGGCUCCUCUAUGGCACCAUACCCCUCUUGGAUUCAGAUACGGCCCAUCCUAAGCUGCAGCUGUCUGAUAACAGCAGAACGGUGACCUACAGCGAUGCUCAGCAGGCUUACAUGGAGCACGAGGCUCGCUUCAGUUCCUUCCCACAGGUCCUUUCCUCAUUAGCACUGGAGGGGGGGCGUUGGUACUGGGAGGUGAGCGUGUCCGUGGAUGAUGGUCGAUGGAAGGUGGGGCUGUGUGAGGCUCAGAUGGAGAGGAAAGGCCAAAAGGACAACUCUCGUCUGGGGUUCAACAGUUACUCCUGGUGCCUGGCCUGUGACAAAAGGAAGGUAGAGGCCCUCCAUAAUAAAGUAUCAGUUCCUGUGGAUUCAGAUGGACUGCAAAGGGUAGGAGUGUUCCUUGACUUUGAAGAUGGUAUUUUAUCAUUCUUUAAUGUGACACCAGGGGGCAGUCUAGCUUUAAUGCAUUCCUACAAGCAGAGGUUUACUAAUCCUCUUUACCCAGCCUUUUCUGUGUCUAAAACACACUUGUCUAUCUGUGAUUUGUUCGAGUCUUAAACUGCACAGAAGCACCAUAUCAGUUCUGCUGAUUGAUUUACAAACUUCAUCAAUCUGUGGUGCCUUUUUUAAGUGUUAAUCUAUUUUAGUAAAAUGUGCUGUUGUGUAACUUUCUCAUGGAUGAUAGAUCUGUCCUACACUGCAUACAAUCCCUGACUUCUGCAAAGAUCUGUAAAUGUGAUUUUUACAUCAUUUGAAAGAACUGGAAUAAAUAGAGAUCCUAUUCAAUAUACCUUACAUGUAACAGUCAAU